UGUCAUGAUCUCUUUGUUUCUCUGUUCUUGGGCCUGGCACCAAUAGUUCAGAGCCUGUUUAGAACCUGUUUUCCUUUACAUCAUCUUUACAGAAUUUUGCAGUACUGGUGCUUCCAGAUUCCUAACUUCGGCAGGAUUUUAUUUUUGAAGGGCUGUGGCCAAGUUGUCUGUUGAGUUUUGGAGCAAACCUCUGCAACCUGGAACAAGGGUCUCCAUACCCCUGGAAAGGGCAAGGGAGACAGGAGGACAAUACAGGCUUGCCAAGUUCAAUACAUCGAUUGGGAUUUCCUUCCAAAGUUUAAGAAUUUCAGAAGUCACUGUCAGAGAUAGCAGUCAUGAAGCUGGGCCAUAUCUUUCUGUUUGUAACUUUUGCCAUCUGCAGUUACUCUGCUACAGCAUUCUUCAUUGGUAAUCCCAUCAACAAUAUUCUGCCCCUGGACACCAUCCUUGCCAUUAUUGAUCCACUGAAAAUGGUCUUGAAAACACUGGGCAUCUCUGUGGAGCACUUGGUUGAAGGACUGAAGAAAUGUGUGGAUGAGCUGGGGCCUGAGGCUUCUGAAGCUGUUAAAAAACUGCUGGAGGCUUUGUCCCACCUGGUGUGAUUUCAGGAUGAUGAACAGAACAAUAAUGGAAUACUUCAGGAUCUUCCCUUAUCUUUCUCUUAUUGUUUUUCUGUUUUAUCUUUUACCUGACCCCAGAAAUCCUGAACUAUAUCAAUAAAGCACUUAGAUAAAA